UCAAAAACCAGCGAAGUACAGUAAAGGGCUCAUAGAUUGGCAACCCAAGUGAUCAUCAUAAUAUCAUACCAGUUCUAAAUGCACAAACAUCAGAUCUUCGAAAUUAAUUAGAAUUCCAAUUCAAAUCACUCUCAAACCCCUCAUACUUUAAUAAUGGAUCUCUUCGUAGAUACAACUUGAAAUACUUCACCUCAUUCUUGAAUCCAACAAAACUACCGGAACUUGGAACAGAAGGAGGAGAGUAUUACCGAAACCCUAAUUCUUGUCCAGAGAAAAGAAAUACAUCAGUUUUCUUUUGAAGGCAACUGCCACUGCUGUUGGGAUUCUUCUUACAUUAUGUCGUCAACAAUCAUGAAAAGGGACUAUAGGAACAAUAGAUCAGCUCUUUUUGACGGAAUAGAAGAGGGAGGAAUCAGGGCUGCUCCAUCAUACUCCCAUGAAAUUGAUGAGCAGGAAAAUGAUAGAGCUAUGGAUGGACUGCAAGAUAGAGUCCUUUUGUUGAAGAGAUUGACAGGUGAUAUACACGAGGAGGUUGAGAGUCAUAAUCGUGUUCUUGACCGAAUGGGAAAUGAAAUGGAUUCAUCAAGGGGAAUUCUGUCAGGAACUAUGGACCGGUUUAAGAUGGUUUUUGAAACCAAGUCAAGCCGAAGAAUGUUUACACUCGUGGCAUCAUUCGUUGUUAUCUUUCUUAUAGUAUACUAUCUGACCAAGCGGUGAAAUGCAUCUAAUGGAUUACUUGGGUAAUUUGCUAGGUUCGCAACAACUGCCAAGGCCUUUUCCUACCUUGAUACUGUUGGUGUUUUUCCUUGCAUACUAUAUACUGGUGAACCCAUCUGUAUGAUAAAUGUGUCUCUUAAUUUCCUUAAUGCCUCCCAUUAAUGUUUCAUAUUUCCUCCUUCAUGCUUGGGGAGUAAACAAACAAAAGAUAGCUGUGGCAAGAGCUUUUCUAACUGCAAGGAUGUUCAACAUAACUUUGUUACUUCCUAGUCGAAGCGCAUCUUUGUUUUAUAAAGAAGUCAACAUCCUGCAGUCA